AUGAGCGAGGUGUUGGUGGCGAUGCCCGCCAACGGCGGCGGCCGCGUCUGCGGGAGGGGUUCGGACCUCAACCGCCGGUUCCAUGCUUCACCAUCCAGAUGCUCUUCUUCCCUUCGAUUCCCCAGCCUACUUCCGCGGCGGAACAUUGGGAGGAAGUUCCACCACCAGUUAAGCGGCGGAGGCUGGGGCGGCUUGGCAGUGCGAGCUUCGGGGAAUCCAGGGGAGUACUAUCCUUCUCCCCCAGUUCCUCCGCUGCAAUUCGAAUCCCCGGUGGGCCAGUUCCUGGGGCAGAUUUUGCAGUCGCAUCCGCAUUUGUUGCCCGCGGCAAUCGACCAGCAACUCGAGAAUCUUCAGACCGAUAGAGAGGCUCAGGACGGAGAUGCUCCUUCUGCUCAGGAUCCACUCUACAAGAGAAUUGCUGAGGUUCGUGAAAAUGAAAGGCGGAAGGCACUAGAAGAGAUCAUUUACUCUCUGAUUGUUCAAAAGUUUCUCGACAACGGCAUCACGAUGAUACCGAAAAUAACAUCCACCUCCGAUCCCGCCGGACGGGUGGACUUCUGGCCUAACCAAGAGCAGAAACUGGAGUCUGUUCACUCUGCUGAAGCCUUCGAGAUGAUACUAAGCCACCUGUCUCUCGUAUUAGGAGAUCGAUCAGUGGGACCCCUUGAUACCAUCAUCCAGAUCAGCAAAAUCAAACUAGGAAAGCUCUAUGCAGCUUCAAUAAUGUACGGAUACUUCCUGAGACGAGUUGACCAGAGGUUCCAGCUUGAGAGAACCAUGAACACCCUUCCCAAAGGCUACGACGAGAAUCGAGCUAGAUACGAGGAACUCAAAUCCUCGACAAAGGGGCUGUGGGACCCAGAUUCCCUAAUAACUAUGAUGCCAGAUGGUGGUGAUAAUGAUGAUGAUGAUGAUGAUGAUGGAAGGUCGUACAGACUGAGGUCAUAUGUGAUGUACUUGGAUGCAGAGACCCUCCAGAGAUACGCGACCAUGAGGUCUAAAGAGGCGGUUUCGUUGAUCGAGAAGCAGACUCAAGCGCUGUUUGGUAGGCCGGACAUAAGGAUCUCGGAGGAUGGUUCACUAGACGCGAGCAAUGAUGAAGUGGUCUCGGUGACCUUCUCCGGGUUGACAAUGCUGGUCUUGGAAGCAGUAGCAUUCGGGUCUUUCUUAUGGGAUGCUGAGAGCUAUGUCGAGUCCAAGUACCAGUUCCUGAAUGGCUGA